GCCUAAAAAAACCGCACAGUCAAGGCUCUACAAAUUUUAACUGCAAACUGACGAAAACGGCUGGAAAACUGCUUACACGGAGCUCACUUUGGCGUUAUCGUUAUCGACGUUUAUCAGAAGCUUGUAACAAACACUGCAAAGUGCCGUACGCUACCGAGCAACAGCAGCCACGCCAAGUAGGUGGUCAACAUGGCAAGUAACAAAGAAAACCGAAAACUCUUCACCGUGGUGGUAAAGAAGGAAAAUGAGCGGAAUGGCGAUGGCCCAGCUAACGCUGUAUCGGGGCUGGCGGCGCCUUUGAAAGUAAAAACCGAACGUGCGGUAAAGAUCGAAGAAGAUCGUUCAAACGGCGUCUUCAAGACGCCGCAGAUCCCUCCUCCACCUCCAGCUACUGCUGCUGUACCUUCGAACAUCUCCGGAAACAAACCGAUUAAGGUGGAGCCAGGCAGUGAAAAUCGCUCCAAGACUGCUGGUGGUUCGUCGCCAAAAAAGGAACCACAACAAGGUACUGCCGCAAACAGUGGCCAACAAACGAAACCGUCGAAAAAGGUCUGGACGCUGAGCAACUUCGAUAUCGGACGACCGCUAGGGAAGGGCAAAUUCGGGAACGUCUAUCUCGCAAGGGAAAAGGAAACAAAGUUCGUCAUCGCUCUGAAGGUGCUCUUUAAGAAACAGGUCCACGCGCAAGGUAUCGAACACCAAGUGCGGCGUGAGAUUGAAAUCCAAUCUCAUUUACGCCACCCGAACAUCCUGCGCAUGUACGGAUACUUUCACGAUGAAACACGCAUCUACCUCAUCCUGGAGUAUGCCCCGGGUGGUACGCUGUUUAAGGAGCAGCAGCAGCAACCGGGAAAGCGGUUCCCUGAGAAACGCAGCGCCUACUACAUCAACUCACUCGUAUCGGCUCUGAUCUAUCUGCACGAGCGCAACGUUAUUCAUCGAGACAUCAAGCCGGAAAAUCUGCUGCUCGGACACGGAGGCGAACUCAAGAUAGCCGACUUUGGGUGGUCGGUGCAUGAACCUACCUCAUCGCGAACCACGCUCUGCGGAACGGUGGACUAUUUGUCACCGGAGAUGGUGCAGGGUCAGCCGCACACGAAAACCGUGGACCUGUGGAGCUUGGGUGUGCUGGCUUACGAGUUGCUCUGUGGCAAGGCUCCAUUCCUAGCUAAUACCUACGAGGAAACCUACCGCAAGAUCAUUAGAGUGCAGUACACUGUGCCAUCGGAUAUAUCGAAACCGGCCAGCCAUUUGAUCUCUCGGUUACUGGUGCGGGAGCCGGAAAAACGCAUGCCGCUAGAGAACAUCGCCACACACCCUUGGAUAACUCUGAUGGUUGAGAAGAAAUGAGUCCGUUGUUGGCCUUUUUAUUGGUUUUAAACCUUGGCUUGACUUAAGCUACAAUUAGAUGUAAUGCAAAAGAAUAGGUGAAAGAAGAAGCGCUUCAAUGUUGCUCAAUAGAAUACUGUU